UUAGAUGUUGUUUAAUUUCAAAAUACAGUUGGCCCCAUCCGUAUUUUCGUUUUGCUAAUCAUUAUUGUGUGAAGCCAUGUGUCUCAGCAAAUACAAUGUUUUAUUCUGAAAGCAUUGACAGGAAGUCCUGUGUUGUCCUGUGUGUCUCUUGUCAGCGCGCGGCGCUCUGGAUCAAAGGCUCGCUCGGCUCUCCAGUCUUAACGGUCCUGUACUGAGCACAGCGCAGUCUGCCCUCGGUCUCUACGGACGCUCCGCUGUCUGGAUAUCGUAGCAGGGUUCUUUCUUUUUUUUUUCCUGUCUGGAUUAUAUUCUUCUGAUGGUUUUUCAACUCCAACCCGAUGCAUAGAAAUGGGUAAACUGCACUCGAAACAUGCCGCUAUUUGUAAACAGAGGGAGAGUCCUGAAGGCGACAGUUUUGUAGUCAACGCCUGUUUGGCGAGAAAGGGCAUCGACGACUGGCUCCUGAAGCAGAAAUACUAUUGCACGAGCUCUCGCCUCGGGCAACAGGACUGUCACCACAAGAAUAGCUGCGGUUUGACCACACGGGGUGCCAUGGAUGAAGCAUGUGCAGAGAGGAUUGGCGAUGAACACUACCGGUUGGAAGUGGCUUUACCCCCAGAGAAGACAGACAGCUGCUGUGUGGAGAAGAUGCAGGAGAGGGACAGCCAAUCUCCCGCAGGGCCACAGAAACAGCUCCAGUUUGAAGAGUUGGAGUGUGCCGUCUCCGUGGAGGAGGACAACCGACAGGAGUGGACCUUCACCCUCUACGACUUUGACAACAAUGGCAAAGUCACCAGAGAGGACAUCACCAGCCUGCUUCACACCAUCUAUGAGGUCGUGGACACCUCCGUCAACCAUUCUCCCAGCAGCAGCAAGACGUUGCGGGUCAAGCUGUCGGUGGCUCCCGACUCCAGCCAGCGGUGGAGGAGCUGUACGCAGGGCGCGGCAGACAUGUCCCACCCCAGGGAGAAAAACGACAAGUGCAUAGAAGACCCCAAGAGUGCAGACAAGAAGACUCGAGCACACCUAAGGCGCCACCACAGUGACCACCACACCCAGCCUGGCUGCCAGCGCCACUGCGUGGAUGAGAACCUGGAACGCAGGAACCACUACUUGGACCUGGCAGGCAUCGAAAACUACACAUCCCGCUUCGGAGCCGCGCCCACCCCAGAGCCGACGAAAGCAGAGCCUCAGACCCGCUCAUCCAACCAGACUCGUUCUCGCUCCCACGAACCAGAAAACGGCCACUCCCAUUCCCACCACCGCCGCCUACAGACUGUUGUGGACACCGUUGCUCCCGUCAGCCUCCACCCGGCCCGCACGCGAGGCCAAGACUCAGGGAAACACGCCCUCCGCUCUCCUAAGACCCACAGCCGCACACCUCCUGCGCAGAUCGGUGGCAGGGUGAUGCGAAGCUGGGGUGUCCCUCCUCCCACGGCGCUACCCAGCCAGACCCCGCCUCACCAGUCCACAGCCCCCUACCGCAAGCACAAGCAGCGGUCUAAGGAAAGCCAGGGCUACAGGGCCUUAGGCUCUCUGGCUCCGGGACCCGUGGUGGAGAAGGAGCAGGUGAGGGACCUGCCCAGUGUGCUGCUGUACAAGGAGGGGCUGGCACAAAUGGUGCAGCGGCAUGAGCAUCACCACCACCAUGAACACCAUCACCACUACCACCACUUUUACCAGUCCUGAAUUUCCGCCCUGCGUGGGACAGCUCGGCUCUUCUAACGUCCCACAAAACCCAAGCAGGCCGGCAGACACCGACUGCAGUGAGCUUUUUUCGUCAGCCGCCAGGCCACUCUACAUUGUGCAGUACUGCAGUGCCUUUGUAGUUGACACGGGACGUGUGGUAGGAGAGGAGGAUCAUGGGAGGGGUGUCCCAGUGCUGAGAGGUUAUUAAUCAGUGUUAUAAAGGGGUUGGUCGUACAUACAAAAGCUGGGGUAUGCAGCAGGACAGUGAUUUAGGACCACAGCAGGACUGAGGAUCACGGCGGGGGCCAGAGAGGAGGCACAGAGGGACAAUUUGAUAAACAACCCUGAAGAUGUAAUCCUCUCCCUGGUGAACUCUGCAGCUCUAAACCAGCACCACAACCCUUCCAGACCCAAAAGGUUUUUAAGGAAAAAGGAAGCACGAGAGGAAGAAAGACUGUGAUGUAAAGAUGAAAAUAUAUGAAAGAAUACAGGUGAUAGGAGAGCCGGGCAUAGUGUGUGUGUGUGUGUGUGUGUGUGUGAGUGUGAGUGUCACGACACUGGUGUCUGUUGAAAACCACUCGAAGUGCACUCAUGGGUGCGUGAGUAUUUAAAGCAGGCUGUUAGGCAGGUUUUUUGAAGACGAAAAUGAAGAUUCUGAUUCAAGUACGCAAUGCCACGUAAGCAAAAAUGGGAAGGAAAAAUGUUGAAAUGUUAUAAAGGAAAAAAGAACAGAGAUCCCAAAUCCGCUGCUACCUCUAAUUUUAUCCUAAUUGUUAAUGAUGAUUAUGUUAUGGUGACUAAGACCUCAGAGGUUAUUUUCAAAUUACUUAGAAACUUUUUUGAAAGAAAAGAAAUGGUGUCAUAAUCUGCAGUAAGUGUCAAAAAGCUCCUUUCUUGUAUUGACUAACAUUGACUGUACAUAAGGUAUAUAUUGUUAUCAAUUUUAUAAGCUUUAUUGAUAAUGUGAUAUCUUUGUAUUCCCUAUCCGAAGCUUUUAUGUUCGUUUUCCUUUACAACUGCUUUUUAUAAGACCACUCUGAGCCCCAUGUUGACUAGAACAUGUACAACAGUCUCACCCUGUGACUCGAUACGUAAGUGUGAUCCGGUGCUUGUGCUUGAGUGACUAAAAUCCCAACUCUCAGCAGUGCUGUUCAGGCGCUGGACCUCACCACGUAGUGUUUUACAGAACGCAUGCUGAUCUCAUUGAAACAUAUACAAACUUCAUGCUGUUCAUGUCGUGCAUUCAGUGCUUGUGUGUGGGUUCUGCAUAAAGGUGAUUUAGAAACUGAAAACAUCUGGAAGAAUUACAGAACAUUUCUCAAAAGUGGCCGUGUAGGUUUCGCUUUAACGCCAGUCAGACAAAAGCUCUCUGUUUUAUUUGAAAGUCCAGAAUCACAUGAUCUCAGUCCCAUGCUACUCUAGACAUGAGAUGGUGUGAUCAUGACAUCAGUGCAAUAGUCAGUUCUGGUUCAGGUCUUAUUAUUUUUUUAAUGCAAGCCAGUUAGAUGUUGGUGUAUUCAUUCAUCAGUAUGAAGUUUGGCCUUUACGGUAUUUUGUUUGUUAUUUAUGCAGGGAAUAUAUUUAGCUGAGCAUGCAUGUGAUUUUUCACCCCUGCCUCGCUUCAGAUCCGAGCAGUUACACGUAUUCACACCGUGGAGUUGCCCAGCACAACGUUUUUCUGUUUCCUGACUUUCAGGGUAGCACUCUCCCUGACUCUGGGUCGCCCAGCCCUCGGCCUGGCCCCAGGGGGUCACACAGCUGCUCCCGCUGUUUCCAUGGCAUCUUCCUGUCCCCCAGCUGUCAGCAGGUCUUUCACUGUACCGCCAUGUGGCCUCAGCGCUCAGCCAACAAGGCUCUGUUUGUGGCGCGGCGGGGCGGGGGCUCUUUCAGCUGUCUCAUUCUUCUGGUGCUGGAUAACACUGAGCCCGGCCACCAGUCUCCACUAGACCCAUAACUCACCACUGUUGCUCUCCAGCCAGCACCGGGGACCGUCUCUUCUAUCCCAUGAUGCUCUGCCAUGAAACAAGUAAAUACAGAUGUUUCUGCCAGCAACACGUGAGGCAGUGAACUGAGAUCACCUUGUUGGUUCUCCAGGAUAGCAGUUCACCGUUUCCUCCCCCUUGUUCUUCAUGAGCACAUGUGUUCUUUUUAGCACAUCCCAGCAUCACAUUUAGAAACGACCUGCCCUCAUGCCUCUGUAGUCUUUUGUUAGGGCUUAAAUGCCUCAUCCAGAGAAAAUGAUGGAUUAUGCUAACCUAACCCCAAGGCCCACUAGCCUUCAAACUAUAUCCACCAUGUUUGAUUGUGUUAGUCUGCCUUAAGCGCGUGCAUGUGUUUGCGAUGAGCAAGAAUGCAGUGAAUGCCAGUCUUGCCCUCAGCCCUGCGGUGUCCUGUCACAGCUGCAGGCCGUCCUUAAACGGAGGCACCAGUCAGUCGGGUUCUCCCAUGGGACCCGGCGGUGGUAAUCACAGCUGUGCUCCAUACCUCAGCUUCCUCACCUCACACUGCUGUUUGCUGGACAACAUACAACUGUAACCCCUUUGUCAAUGGUUUCCCCCCCUCAGCCUGAAACAGUGUCGAUAGCGGCGUGACUCUCCAGAUGUAGGUAGUGUGGAAACGGUCGUCUGACUGCGUGAACGGAUAGCAUGCAGGCAACCGUUCCUCCUGCAGGGUGGUCCGAUUCGACACGAUGAGCGAGGGCUUCUGAAGGAAUUUGGGUGAAAGGCUCGGUCAGACCCUCAGCCAGGUUGCAAUUUCUAAACUUCUUUCACCCCGAGAGAGUUUUACUGAACAGACGGGAACUCCUUUCUUUAAAUGCCUCGCUUCACAUUCGUACAAUUACAUGAACUCACAUCAGAAAGCUGGCCACUACAAACACACUUCCACACCGCAGUCUUCAAAGCAGCAUCACUGGAGCAACCGGGGGUGAUAUGCCUUGCUCAAGAGCACCUCGAAAGUAUUUGGUGAGAGUUGGGAAAGCAGGUUUUUUUUUUUUUCUGUUUUGUCACGCAGACUUCCUUUUGAAACCUUUUCAAUCUUCAGGCAACCUCUGUCAAAACCCCUCUUCUGACUUUUUCCAUAACAAUAUAUCUAUAUUUGGAAUCCGAAUAAUAUUGUUUUCAGUCAUCAGCUAUCUAAAUCCACCUGAAUGUUGUUUUGUUCUUUAAUUAUAUAUAUUUUUUUGUUUUGUUUUUAAUUGUCAGCGCCACUUUUCGGAACAAAUGUUUUCAAACCAUGUCACACAAACUUCAGCAUCCACCCGCCUCUGUCCUGUUGUAUAACAUCAUCAGUAUUCAGAGCCACCCCUCCAUAUUAUUAUAAUAUGUGUUGCACCACUAAUUAGCUUUUUAACAUUCAUGUAUCAACAUUUUUUUUAAACUCUGAUGUAUAUAGCGGACUGCAGAAAUGAUAAACAGCAUCAUGUAGAAAGAAAAUAAGGCUUAUUUAUAAUUAAAAAACUGUUAAUCUAUUUCUCUCGCCUACUGUCAGCUAGUACUACAAUACCCACCAGACUUAGCAGGGAGGAGGAGUUAUCUGUCCGUCUCUCUCUCUCUCUACAUGCAGACACACUUUCACUUGGUGUUUGUUGUAAAAGAAAGUUGUUUAGCACUAGCUGCUUCUCUCCCUUUUCCCUCCCUCCUAAUGUUUUUUCAUGACUUUGUUUAGUUUAUAUAGAUUGUAUUUGAUUAAUUGCUUUAUUUAUUUGAUAGCAGAUCUGUGCCAAGGGGGAAAAAAUAACUUUUAUUAAAGUAUGACCCUGUUCCUUAUAAACUCGCUGACUUGUGGGGUCACUUUAUUUUAUUUCUAUUGUCGGUGUCGGUUUUAUUGUGUAAAUCUGCACAGUACAUGUAUAUUUACAAUAAUUUAUAUGCCUUCAAAAUAUACCAGUUAAACAUAUUAGCAUGUCAUCUACUGUAUUUGUGCUAAAACACAACAUUUGCAUUGUUUUAUAAAAAACAAAUCUACUACCAAGUGGAUCUUUUUUUGGGAAAUAAACAUAUUUGCUUUCCUGUUGAGAGUUAAAUGAAAAGAUC